UCCGGCGGAAUUCGAGCAAAAGGGUCUGUCUUCUCUCCGUAAAUCUAGUGUCUUUUUCAACUUAUCCGUUAUAAUUCUCCUCCGAAAUCUCUGGGUCCUUCCGAUCAAUUUCGAGCUUUGGGUUUCUCAAUUUCGAUGAUGGCUAGAUUUUUUGGAACUAUGGAGAGCUUCUGGCAAUUGGGUGACGAGCUCCGAGGUCAGUCAAGAGCAUCAGAGGAUCACAAAUGGUCCACUGUUGCUACCAAGCUCGCUGAGCAGACUAGGAUGAAGGGGGAAAGGACGAACAACCUUGAUCUCUCCAAAACCUACUCUGACUUCAGGCCUACCGACAAGUUUAGUUUCCAGGAGAACAACAACCUCAACUUCAACAUGAAUCUGAUGCAGGGCAAUGUUUACUACAACAACAUGAAUGACUUCAAAAGUGGAGGCAACAUGAAAGUUAACAAGUACUUUGGCAAUGCUGUUGCUAACAAAGAGAUGAGCAGCAACAACUAUAGCAAUGAUAAUGCUGUUGACAAGAGGUUUAAAACCCUGCCUGCAUCAGAGACGCUUCCAAGGGAUGAAGUUCUCGGCGGGUACAUCUUUGUUUGCAACAAUGAUACCAUGCAGGACGACUUGAAACGUCACCUAUUUGGUUUACCUCCGAGAUACAGGGACUCUGUAAGGGCAAUAACACCUGGGUUGCCUCUCUUUCUUUACAAUUACACUACUCACCAGUUGCAUGGUAUCUUUGAGGCAACAACUUUUGGAGGUACUAACAUUGAUGCCACUGCUUGGGAGGACAAAAAGUGCAAAGGAGAGUCUAGAUUUCCAGCUCAGGUAAGGAUCAGAGUGAGGAAAAUAUGCAAAGCCUUGGAAGAGGAUUCCUUCAGGCCUGUUCUUCACCAUUAUGAUGGUCCAAAGUUCCGCCUUGAGCUCACUGUUCCCGAGACAUUGGAUCUGCUAGAUCUCUGUGAACAAGCUGGCUCUCCAUAAGCGGGGAUGCAAUACCACGUUGCUAAGGGGUGUGAUUUGUCUGAAACGGUGAAACCUAUCUAAAUAUAUAUGCAUAUUACCAUAAGAGCGUAAGCUUUUGGGAUCUAGUUAAGAGUCGAGUUCAAAAUGUAUGGUUUACUAAGAAGGGAGGGAGUGUGUGUCUUGAGGCAAGCAAAAAGGAUGAAGAGGCUCUGCCGAAUAAGCAGCGACUACUCUCAGAUCUUGUUGUGUCUAGUGUGUGAGUUUUUGUCUGUGUCUGUAAGAGACUUGGUAACCCUUUUGAGACGAUGAUUUAUGUAGACAGAAAGUAAAAGAUCAAA